UAAAGAGCGACAUCCGAUGGGGGGAGCGCCACUCGGAGACGCACGGGUCAAGUGAAGGGGUCCUACACUUGGAUGAACUGGGGGAGGAGAGAGCACAUUGAGGCUGUCAUGUAAGCCGUCUCCUCUGGGGCCACCUCUCGGUGCGCGCUGCUUCCUGCCUCAGGUAGAAGCCUCAGUGUUUCUGCUGCUGAGGCGUCAGGCUGCUUGCUCUCCUCUGCUCUCCCUCCCGCUGAGAAGCCAACAGCUCCUCUCUCAGAGCACUGAAAUGGAGAAGAGCUGCUCAGAGUGCUCAGUGCCGACACUUGCACAGAGCCUGUGUACACUUUGCAACAAGUGGCUGUGUUACCAGUGCACAGAUGUGCAUCAGCAUCAGAGAGCCCCCGCCACCUCCCAGUACUCAGACAUGCACCAGCAGCAGAGGCCCAGCGCCACCCAGUUUCCUGACCUGCACCAGAGAGGCUCCAGCUCCCUGCCUCCCACAGGACAAGGCCCGGGGUCGUAUCCUUGUUCCCUCCUCAUGUGCCACUCUCACAGACAGGAGCCCUUGGAGCUGUUUUGUGAGUCAUGUGACCUUCUGUGCUGUAGCAGCUGUCACCUGUCCUCCCACAAAAACCACAGGGUGGUGCAGAUCGGGAAGGCCCUGCAGGAUCAGCAGUGGCUGUUUGAGAGCCUGAUGGUGCAGGUGGAUGAGAGGAGGUCUGCAGUGGAAAAUAAUGCUAAGCAGAUCGAGGACAGACUUCAUGGAGUAAAGAUUGCACACAGGAAGGCAGAGAACCAGAUUAAAAUGGCAAAGAUGAUUAUGAUGAACGAGCUUAACAAACGAGCCAACCUAUUAAUAGAGCAACUGGAGAAAAUCUCAGAGGACUUCCAGCAGCGUCUGGAGGACCAGCUGCAGGGGGCAAUAGAGAUAUGUGGCCAGCUGGACCAUGUUCAGAAGUUCAUCACCUGGGCUAUGACCCACCACUGCAGAGGCCCGGUGCUCUUCAGCAGAGCUCUGAUUUCUCUCCAGAUGCAACAACUGCUUGAGUCGUCGCUACACUCAGACUCUUGGAGUCCUGUUAAGAUCAAAUUCAACUGGGAUGCAAGUUACUGGACGAAGCAGAUUUCCUCUUUAGGCCAGCUGACUGUUGAAGGGGGAAACUGCUCGUAUCCUCAGGGCUUGCCCUUCUCCAGUAUUCUGAGGCCUCAGCCCAUCACCUGCUUGGCUCUGCCAUCCGUGUGUCGCAGAGGACGAGAACCCGGCUGUGGGUAUCAGAACUGCUGCGAGCCCCAGAUGUGUUGUCUCCACGGCAUUCCCUCUCAGCCUGAUCUGUCCAGUCUGGAGAAAAGCCAGCUGGAGGCCACACUUUAUAACUCCAGCUGUGUUCAGCCUGGCCUUAUCUCUGCCUCCCUGCAUCAGAGCCAGCAGCUCCAGAGGUACUGGGAUCCCGACAGCUCAUCACAGUGUCCUCCCUCUUCAUCACCUGUCCCAAUCAUGGGACCGAACCAGCUCAACUGCAGCCGAGGAUCUACAUCCCAGACACAAGGUGCUGCUGCCUCUCAGCCCCAGGCUCAAACUAAAUCUUAUCUCUAUCACCAACACCAGAGAGAUGUUCCCCCAGAUAGCCAUGCUCAGUCAAGUGCAGAGCGUAGCAGGCCAGAGCAGCGUCAGGGGAAGCUGUCGAGCAGCACGGCCCUGCAGCAGGAUCUCAGCCACACAGCUGUGGACAGAGAUGUGAUGAGUGAAGAGAACUGGGAGGACAGAUGCAGAGCGGAGGAGGCUCGUGGACAGACAGCAGCAGCUGAGAGCAGAGAGCUGCUGGAUGUGGAGCUGCAGCAGGACAGGAGGGAGCCGAGUCCUGUCCAACAACAGCAGCUUCAUGUUCUUCCUGCAGCAGAGCUGAGAAAAGAGCUGCAGAGAAACAGACCUGCACCAGCGCACAGAGAUGGCAGGAGAUCCACAUCCCUGGAGGUGUCGGCGGUGACAGCCGACGAGUGUGUAUCUGACGUGCAGAGCAGCAGGCUCAGCCCUAGUUUAGCGUGCACGAGGAGGGAAAGACGCUCCCAGAGCAUCCCGGCAGAACUGGCAGCUCCAUCCACCAGCUCUUUCACUGAGAGGCCCACAGGAUGCAGUCACGGCCUGCAGGCAGGAGCUGCAACUAAGUAUGUCAGUAUGGACCCCAGACAGAGGAGAGCUUCGGAUGGGGUGCUUUGUGUUGUCAAGGAAACUUUGUCUGAAAUGGCGGUCCCCAGAGGCCACCGUUCUCCCCUGUCCUAUAAGACAGAGCCAGAUCAUUGUUUCACUUAUGUAGAUGAGGAGACUGAUUAUGAGGCCAAGGGGAUAUGCAGGGUGUCCAAAAAUGGCCACAACAGCAGCAGAGAUGUCCAGAAGGACUCAGGGAGGCCCAGGGUUCCUGUGGUUUGCCUGGAGCGUCUCAAAAUACUUGUGUCUCAGCUCCCCCCACAUGGACGACGGCAGAGUGACCCUUUACCUGCCAGUGGGACGGAGACGAGUGAAACUUUCACGAAGCAGAGAACCUGGUACGAUGCAAUGCAAGAGGGGUUAGCUGGAGGCUCUGAGACCAUGAGGACCAACCGCUCACACACAGCGCCGCCAUGUGCAGAGCGACAGAGCCGUGAGCAGUCCACCACACACUCGACUAUCAGUGAGUUUGACAUUCAUGGGAGAAUCAGCUCUCGUAAAGUGUCCCCGCUUCCGUCCGCUGACCCUAAAUAUGUGCCACAGAGUUACUCUGCAUUGGAUCUGGACUCUGACUCUGACCCCAGAUCAGUCUCAGAGGACACAGUUGUUUCUCAGGCUAAUCCAGACCCACAGUUAGACUCAGAUGCAUCACCAGAGUCUGACCCACAUGCAGAGUCGUCAUCCGAGGCUGAACUUGAAUGUCUGGCAGGGGAUAAACCAGGAGCUGUAAAGGAGAUGGGGUUCUGUGGUGAAACUGAUAUUGCAGCGGAUUCAGAGCCAAGUCUUGAAUAUGAGGCAGACCCAGAAUCAGAUGCAGGAGCAGGAUCAGAGGAUGGCCAAGGGCUGGACGCUGAUGCAGAAUCAGGCGAUGUAGAAACUGAGUCAGACGUCCAGCCUGACUACGAUCCCAGUUUUCAGGCAGAGACGGACUCUGAGUUUGUAUCCGAUCAGCCUGCAGACUCUCAGGGCUCUGUCGAGUCUGAGCUCGAUGUAGAAUCUGAACCUGAACUGACAACUGAUGAACCGCAACCGCUUCGCUCUGACCUUGAGGAGGAGGCCCACGUUGGUCCUGCUCAGAGGCCACUUCUGAUCGCAAACCCUGCUGCUCAAAGAGGCACAGAGGAAGUUCAGCCUGAAGAGGACGAUACAGAGAUGGAGAGUGAGGACUUCUGUGCCGUGUGUCUGAUUGGAGGAGACCUGCUGUGCUGCGACCGCUGUCCAAAAGUCUUUCAUCUGUCUUGCCACAUUCCGUCUCUGCUGAGCUUCCCCUCAGGUGACUGGGUGUGCAGCCUGUGCAGAGACGUCGUGCAGCCAGAGGUGGAGUACGACUGUGAGAACGAGAGAGCAUCCGGAGAACACACAUCAGCACACGGACUGCCUGCAUGUGACCAGAGAAAAUGUGAGCAGCUGACUCUUCUGAUCCUCAGCAACGUCCUGAGUGCUCCCUUUCACGAGCCCGUCAGUCCGCUUGCUCGUCAUUACUACCAGAUCAUUAAAAGGCCCAUGGACCUGUCCGUGAUCAGGGCCAGACUCAACAAGAGGAAUCCUCAACAUUAUAACUCGACAGAACAGUUUGUUGCUGAUGUUUAUCUCAUGUUCCGAAACUGUGCGAAGUUCAAUUAUCCUGACUCCGAGGUGGCCCAAGCAGGCCGCAGCCUCGAGGCAUUCUUCACCUCCAGGCUGAAAGACGUUUUCCCAGACAGAGUUUUCCUCGCAGCUGAGGCGGACUCUGACAGCGAUGAGUACGAUGAGGCCUACAGGACCACUGAAAGUGGUUUCCCCUGGCCGGAGAGGAGAGAGCAGUGCCACAGGAAGAGGAAGAGGAGACACUCGCUGAAGUCGAGGAGACAACACUUCUAACCAGAGGUGAACGUUGUGAAACCAUGGACACAAAUAUGCUGUAUUUGUGGGUAAUUAUAAAUUAUAAUUUUUUUAUUUAGCAGCCUCUUGGGCUGUAACAGUGUUUCCAUUCUGUAAUCUGUUUUGUGGUUUGCAAUAAUAUCACAGUGCUGCCAUCUGAUGGCAGCUGAACACACUGAAACAAUACUUCAAAUAUAAAAGUCUUAACUAAUGCUGGAACAGUUAUUAUCCCUGCAGAAUUCAACUGAUCAGACAAGUAGAAAGAGUAAAGAAUGAUUAGAAAAAGUUUUGUUGCAUACAAUAUGCUGCAUAUUUUGAAACAAAUCUCUUUGGAAAAAAAAGACAAAUCUAACAGUUUUAAAGGUCCAGUGUGUAGUAAAUACGAUCACCUUAAAAUAAGAACUGUUUUCAGUACCUUAGAAAGAGUCUCAUAUUUUCUUAGGGAGCAAGUCCUCAUCCUUUGAGAUUACCAUGUUGUACCGCCAUGUUAUUACAGUAGUCCAGAAUGGACAAUCCAAAGCACUGGCUCUAGAUAGGGCAAUUCAAAUAUUUCUUGGCACAAAAACACAGAUCUUUAACAUGAAACCGUUUUAUUCAGUGUUUUUACUAGUUUAAUUCACCAGGUAUGUUUGUUGUGGAGAGGAAGAGACCGUGGCGGAUUACUCCUGGUAAAGCUCCUGGUAAAAACCUCCCUUCGCCUGGAUCUUAAAUCAUCACAGACAAAGGUGAGCACACAUUAGCAGAUGCAGGGUUCGUGCACAUCUGCAAGGACCUGAACAGCAUCAGAAAAACACAGAUUACCAGAUGUCUCAUUUAGAAACAUUGCGUCUGCACAAAACGAGGCUUUUAAGCGGUGUACGCCACUUCCCACGCAAAAAGUUCUGAUCUGUAAAAAUUGAUUUGGGAUUUAUAAAGGAAAUUGCAGACCAUGCAUGGUUUUGAAAAAUCUGAAUAUUUUUCGGUGCAUGCCACUUUUGGCUUCUGUCCACACUUACACUUUUCGGUAUGAAUCCUUCACACUGUCUUAUAAAUGACACUCCAGGUCUGUUUGUUUUUGGAGAGGAAAAGACCUCUGCAGAUAACACGGCUCCCAAUGAAAACCUUCCAAACAAUAAAACACUGAAGGACUUUUAAGUUUCAGCUGGUUACAGUCCUUAUUGCUACAUUCCACUGAAUCCCCCGAAAUCUUACACACUGUUCCUUUAAAACAAGUGAGAGUAGAGAAUUAUCACUCAAAUUCUUCAUCAUAUCUAAUUUUGGCCAUUAAUGAUUUGCUCCUGAUGUGCUGAAAAGUAUUUAUAUUCAGACCCCCUCAAGUCAUACACCUGAUGUUAUAUCAUAAAAAGAGGAUGCUGAGGUUGGAUGUUUAUUAGUCUCACUUUGAAUCUAUGUUAAGUGUUUUUUAGGUGAACAUAGCAUUGAUUAUACGCAGCACUUUGAAACUUUGAUAUGGGUAAAUACUGUAUUUACCAUAAACGCUCAACGUAUUUAUACAUGUGUACCUGUAUAGAACUUUAUUUUACUAUAUUUGUCAUUUUAAUUACUGAAUGAUUUCAGACAAUUAUCAUAGGUUUGAUUGUUGGUAUAAUUAUGUGUCUCAGUAGCUUUUUUUAAAGCAGCAGUGAAUCAUUUUGACUUUAAAUUUUGACAGGAGUGACACAGAAUGUGAAUAACUGAGGCGCUAUUACCAGUGUUAGAGCUCUUACAUAUUUUCAUGUUUGUUAGAGGACUUAGUAUCCAGAUGAAAAACUAUAAUUUGACAUUUAGCUAUAAAUUAAGUUUGUGUACACAUUAUGUAAGCUUUCUGCUCCACCAGUGUUUCAGCAAAGUGUUUUACUCUUCUAUUAUCUAAAUAUCUCAGGCUUAAUAAGAGUGUAAAGUAUUGAUAUCAUUAAGUAUUGAUGACAAUUUGUAGAACCACACUGUUGAGAGAAAAUCUGACAUUUUUAUAAUGCCAACUGUUGUAGAGAAUUUCCUGUUUUUGAAUAUUCUUUACUUGCUUCCUGCAGCUUAUUGUAGAUUUUACUUGACAUUAAGAGUUCCUACUGCACAAAUUAUUGUCUGUGCACACCUUGAUCAAUGUCAAGAUUAGUGAAUAUAGUAUAUGUAAUGUUACUUUUGCUGAAAUCAAUAAAUGUAGUAAUAUUUCCUACUGUAUAAGGGAAGACUGAUAAACUAUAGCUACUGUCACUGUUUCGAUCACAGUUUGGUUAAUUUCUUUGUUCUUUUUUUUUACUGUAACAGUCGGUGAUACAUGCACAUAUAUUACUAUCAAUAAAAUGUAUUCAAGAGAAAA